AGAGAGGGCUGAAAGCCCUAUGAAGCGGUAUAUAAGUCUAACUGCUAUUGCUAUUGCUAAAAUAAAAAACGCCUGAAAACCCUGGUCUUAAGCUUCCUCUGUACCUUCUUUGCUUCAUCAUCUACAAUCUCAUUUUUCUGAUAAAAUCUUUUAAGUUUGGUCCAUUACAUCCAAAAUAUCCUGAUUUAAGAAGUGUGUAGAACCUGGACAAGGAAGAGUAGAAAAUUCAGAUCAUCUUGUGAUAAUAUUCAAUUCGAUAGGGGCUUUUUUCCCCCCACACAGAGGGAUAUUGGUAACUAUUUAAUAAAUGGAUAAAUUGAAUGAACCCAUUAGUUAAUUUAUUUAUAAACCAGGCUUGCCACAAAUUCUUGAUUUACUUAAAAUGUAAGUUUUGGUAUAAAUGAUCUCUAAGCACCAUCUUAUGUAUUGUAGCUUUGCUUAUACCUCAUGGGGGAAUUCUUGUAGGCCUAUAUUGUUGUAGGUGUAGGAAUGGAGAAAUAGUAAAAAAUUAUUUAUUUUAGAGGAGAUUUGAAAACACAGAAAGGACUUGCGUAGAUCAUGGGUUGCAUUAGUUCUUUGAGUUUCCUUACAGCAAACUUUGCUGGUUAUAUUAAACGUAACUUUCAGAUACAUGCUUUUGAAGCAUACUUUUGGGGUUGGUUUUUUUUUUCUUUCCAAGAACAUUUUAUGAGUCAAUCUUUUUAGCAAAACUAGACUCUAAUUAGCUUUCUCCGUGUGAAUUGCUGCUUUUUAGUUUCCACAGCACCUUCUUUCUCUGACAGUCAGUUUUCGCGUCCGGAAAAAAUUAAGAUGAUGAGCAAAUCGGUCCCAGCAUUUCUUCAAGAUGAGAGCGAUGACAGAGAGACAGAUACAGCAUCCGAGAGCAGUUACCGACAUGGGAGAAUCACAAAGAGCCCGAGUUCCCUAACCAAUCUUAGCGGCUCUUCGGGCUUGGCAUCCUUGUCUUCUGUGAGCACCAGUGUGAUGAGCGUGUACAGUGGAGAUUUUGGCAACGUGGAUGUGACAGGGAAUCUCCAGUUUGCCAUUGACUAUGUGGAACAGUUGAAGGAGUUCCAUAUUUUCAUUGCCCAGGGCAAGGAUUUGGCAAUUGCCGACGUGAAAAGGCAACGUUCAGAUCCGGAUGCUAAUGUCACCGUGAAAAUGGCAGGGAGGUGUCUACAGAUCACAGGUUCAGUGGAAAGGACACUUCAUCUGAACCAUGUUUCAUGUCUGUUUGUUUCUCUGCAGUAUAAAAUAGACAAAGCCGUUUUGAAGAGUCAAAGGUUGAAUAUCUCAGUUUGGCAUCACGAUACUUUUGGCCGCAAUAGCUUCCUGGGUGAGGUUGAGCUCGAGUUGGCAAGUUGGGACUGGAAUGACAGUCGGAACAAACAAAUGAUCUGGUACCCAUUGAAACCAAGG